ACUCGUCUUGUAUACAUAUUCGCAAAAAUGAACAAGCUUAGAGUAAACAAGGGUUUUGCGAUGGAGAUAUUAAGUGUCCUGUGUAUUGUCAUUUUAAUAACUGGAUGUCAAGCUGCAGGAAAAUGUGGUUAUGAGAGUUGCAACCCUGUAAAAGAUGGAAUGAUAAACGUUCAUCUGGUGCCACACACUCAUGACGAUGUCGGCUGGUUAAAAACAGUGGACCAGUAUUACUAUGGAGACAAGAACCACAUACAGAAUGCAGGCGUUCAGUACAUCCUGGACUCCGUCAUUCAGCAGCUCUUGGCCGACAAGAACAAGCGCUUCAUCUACGUGGAAGUCGCCUUCUUUGCUCGCUGGUGGCGACAGCAGCAUGACAGCAUGAGGCAUGCAGUGAAGGGGCUGGUCAACCAAGGUCGCCUGGAGUUUAUUCUGGGAGGCUGGUCCAUGGACGAUGAAGCAACAACACAUUACAAUGCAAUCAUCGAUGAGCAUUCUCUGGGGUUGGAGUUUCUGCGACAGAACUUUGGAGACUGUGGCAGACCCCGAGUGGCCUGGCAGAUUGAUCCAUUCGGCCAUUCCAGGGAACAGGCAUCCUUGUUUGCACAUAUGGGAUAUGAUGGCCUAUUCUUUGGACGUGUGGAUUAUCAGGACAAAUUCAACAGAGCGAUCACAAAAUCCAUGGAAAUGGUAUGGCAGGGCAGCCCCAAUAAUUUAGGUCCCAGUAGUGACCUGUUCUCUGGAGUGCUCUAUCAUGGCUACAACCCUCCCCCAGGAUUCUGUUGGGACACUCUAUGCACUGAUGACCCCAUUAUGGAUGACGAGGACAUGGAGGGGUAUAAUGCUGAUCAGAAGACCCAGGAUUUCCUGAGUUACACCAAAUACCAGUCCAUGGCUUAUGCUACUGACCACCUGAUGAUGACCAUGGGCAGUGAUUUCAAUUACCAGAACGCACACAUGUGGUUCAAGAAUAUGGAUAAACUGAUCAGCCUUGUGAAUGCACAGCAAAAGAAUGGCAGCAAGGUGAACUUAUUGUACUCCACGCCCAGCUGUUACCUGUUUCAGCUGAAUCGGGCCAACAAAACCUGGCCGACCAAGAGUGACGACUUCUUCCCCUACGCUCACCUCCCCCAUGCCUACUGGUCAGGGUUUUACACCAGUCGCCCCACCCUCAAGGGCUACGUCAGACAAACCAACAACUUUCUUCAGGUCUGUAAACAGUUGGAUGCCCUCGCCAAGUUAGAGGAUUCUGACAACAGUACACUGAACAUCCAGGUCCUAAAGGAAGCAAUGGGGGUUGCACAGCACCAUGAUGCAGUUUCAGGAACAGAAAAACAAGCUGUAGCCUAUGACUACGCAAUGAGGCUCUCAAGGGGGAAUUAUGAAUGUCAGAAAGUUGUCAAUGAUGCCUACAAGAAACUGUUUCCCAAACAGAAAGAGGUGCCACCAAAUCAGAUGUUUUGUAAUCUGUUGAACAUCAGCAUGUGUCAGGCUACAGAGAACAACAAACAGUUUACUAUGACAGUGUACAAUCCCCUGGGUAGAGCCGUGAGCCACUGGGUGAGACUCCCUGUCAUUGGGAAAUCCUAUGUCAUCACAGAUCCCAAUGGCAAGAGUGUGCCAUCUCAGGUCUUGCCCAUAAGCAAUGUGACAAAGAAUAUUCCGGAGAGAAAGGGGUCGCUGGCUGAGAACGAGCUUGUCUUCCAAGUCGCAUUACCUCCCCUUGGCUUCAGCACUUUCUUCAUCAAAAUGUCCCAACAAUCAAUCAAGAAACAGAGGUCUGUAGUUGGCCAGAUUGAUAAGGCAGACAUAUCAAUCAAAAAUCAGCAUUUAUCUCUGAUGUUUGAUGGAAACACUGGAAUGCUGAAAUCCAUGAAAAACUUGAAUUCCGGAGCCUCCAUUCCACUACAGCAGACAUUCCAGUACUACAUCGGACACCCGGGAAAUUCCAGUGUAAAACGGUUCCAAGCCUCCGGGGCCUACGUGUUCAGACCUCUCACAUCAGCCUCUCUAGAUUUCCAGCCAACUCUAAAGAAAAAAACUCUCUAUGUGCAGGGUCAGCUGGUACAGGAGAUCUGGCAGCAGUUCUCUCCCUGGGUGUCCCAGGUGGUCCGACUGUAUGACCAGGCCAAGUACGCUGAACUCGAGUGGACAGUGGGACCUAUCCCUGUCAGUGAUGGUAAGGGGAAAGAAGUAAUUACAAAGUACAGCACGGGACUUCAGACCAAUGGAGUCUUCUACACUGAUGCCAAUGGCAGGGAGAUUCUCAAAAGAGUACGUAACCACAGGGCCACAUGGGAGUUAAAGACCUCGGAACCUGUGGCUGCUAACUACUACCCAAUCAACAGCAGGGUCUAUAUCAAUGAUAACAAAACCCAGUUUACAGUGAUGACGGACAGAAGUCAGGGAGGAAGCAGUUUACAGGACGGCAACAUUGAAGUCAUGCUCCAUCGCCGCCUGUUGUAUGAUGACAAUCUGGGUGUGGGAGAAGCUUUGAAUGAGACAGGUGCUGAUGGGAAAGGCCUCAUAGCCAGAGGCAAGCAUUACCUGUUAUUGGACACUGUACAGAAUUCCGGGGCCCUGCACAGGGAGAUGGGUCUCCGCCUUUACAUGGCCCCCUCUCUGUCGUUCACCAAUUCACAGAUGAAACAGCAGGAGUGGAGCCAAAAGUUCUAUUCUAAUUGGUCAGGACUGAAGAGCCCUCUGCCAGAUAAUGUGCACAUGCUGACCUUGGAACAAUGGGGUGGACCUACAAUCCGUCCCAGUGCAACCCAACCAUUCCUUGUCCGCUUUGAACAUAUUUAUGAGAAGGGAGAGAAUUCUGCUUUGUCUAAACCAGUCAAAUUUCUGGCAAAGGAUUUAUUUGUUCCAUUCAGUAUAAAAACCAUGGAAGAGUUAACAUUGGGGGCCAAUCUACCAUUAGCUGAUCUGAAAAGAUUGCAGUGGAAAACAAAAGACUAUACCACAGAUUCAGAGGCAGUGAGACGACAGAUUCAGGCGGCUGAUAACUUCACUGUGAUCCUGAAUCCAAUGGAUAUCCGAACAUUCCAAGUCACCCUCACCUAAACCAGACUUGUCCAAGUCAACAAGACUUGUCCAAGUCAACCAGACUUAUCCGUGUCCUUAAAACUUUUCUUAUAUCUAAUGUUGUCUCUUUGAAGCAGUGUUACUUCACGUUAUAUUUUCUUUUAGUUGUAUGAGAUUUUUAAAAAUGUGUCGGGAAAUCGAAAAUCUUUAAGUCAAGUGCUUGAAAUAUGUAUUAUGGUACUGAAAAAAAAGAUAACCAUGCACAAGUGUAUAGAUAUUUUUCCGUGAUUUAUAGUACUGCCUACUGCCACUUGUUGCUUUAAAAGUGCUGUGUCUACCAAUGUUAUUUGUGUUUAUAGUCUUAUUUUUUUUUUAUAGUGAUAAUAAAAUGUUGAGUAAGGUAUUCUUGUACAUGUAUAUAAAACACUUCACAAUGAUGAGCUAUUGAAGGUUAAUAGAAAUGAAUGUAUUAUUGAACUGUUUAUGUUUAUUUAAUUUACUGGUAUGUGAAUUUACAAUAUCGUAAUGCCUUGAAUUGUACAUUCCAAUUUGUUAUAUGAUAUGCUAUUGAAUGGAGAGAGUUUUUGAAACCAUCACUUUUAAUAGCUUAACUUGGUGUUAUGUUACUGGUAUUCAAGAAUAUUAACCAACUUUGAGAGAAAUAUUUUCAUUGUACAUGUCUUUGUGAUACAAUUGGUGCAAACUUCUACAUGUGAACAUAAAUGCUUCAUAUAUAGGCGUGGAGAAGCUUCUGUGAGGAAAAUUUGUUGAUCACAAAUCAUUUUGACACAAUGAACCAUAUAGUUUAGUUCAAUUACGGUAAUGCUUAUGUAGCUUCGUGUACAUUAAUUCACUGCGGUGCCAAAUAAACGAGAUUAUGAUAUGUUGAUAGAACUUAAUUGGGUAGCAGUGAAUAUGUAUUACAUUUUAUUUGUCUGUCCAUAUACUUAUUACCAAUAAUCUCUUAUAAAGUCUGUCCAUACUUAUUACUGAUAAUCUCUUAUACAGGAUCUGAACAACUUUAUUUAAUUGUAAUAUGAUGAAUUUUAUUCAUUUGGAUAUCAAGAAUUCUCUUACAGAUCUGUACCCUUUAUAUAAAAAAAAUAGGUAGAAGGAUUUAUAUUUUUUUCCUCAAAUUACAUAGCAACAGGAUUGAUUUAUUCUUAAAUUAUAUUGUUUAUAUUUAUUGCUAUGCAAUGCAUGAACCAUUAAUGAAUGAAAUUACCCUGCAACAAUUAUCAUCAGCAAUACAUGUAUAUUAAUUAAAGGGGCAUGGUCACGAUUUUGGUCAAAUUCUAUAUUUCUGUUUUUAUUAUUUACCCUACAGUGCUUUAGGAAUGUAUUUCUAAUGAUCAAAUGAAAUUUGAGAGUCAGUCGUAGAGUUAUAAGCAAAAUGCAGGAAUCACAAUUCUUUGUCAUGUAAACAAGGCUCGUGCCCUGUUUUUGUUUAUAUAGGUUCAAUGUACUUGUUAAACAUCUUUUUCAAGCUGAUUUUUUUUAAUCUUAUUCAUUUUAAGCAUAAUUCAUCAGUUUCUAACGUUAAACACAUUCAUUUUAGGUAUAAAACUGCAAUUUUUACUUCAACAUUCAAAAUGUAAACAAAAUCUUUGUUUAUAACAAAGAAUUGUAAAGCUCUAUAACUCACUUAUAACUCAACAAAUGACACUCAAAUUUUGAUUGCUUAUUUAAAAUGCCUUACUGAAACAUUGUAAACAUUAAGAAAAUAAUUUUUGACCAGAAUCGUGACCACGCUCCAUAAGUCAUUCAUGUGAAGAAUCAAACAGAAAAAUACAAUAAUGAACUGAAUUGUGAUUCAAUUAUCUACUGGUUGUGUUUUUGGAUAAAGUUUGCAUGUUAAAAAUGUUGUUUACUAAUUCUCAUCCAUGCUGUAGCCUUAAUAAUUGAGGAAACAUUACAAAAUGUAUAUUAAUAAAAUGACAAUUUUGUUAGCUUUCAAAAACCAUUAUGAUAAUUUAUUUUCACAUCUAAUGAAAAAAGUACUUUCUGGUGUUCAAAUUCAGUCUAGUAUGUAAUUAUGCCUAAUACAUGUAAAUGUGCAAGGUUUUUAGAUAUGACAUUGGUGAAAAUUGAGCAUGGUGAUUCAGUGUAUAAAAAUACAAAUAAAAGUAAAAAUAAAUAAAAAUAAAACCACCAUUAA